GGAUGACAUGAAACAAACUACUGCUCUCUCAAGGCAUCCCUCUCGUCCUGCCAGUCGCAAUGCAUUUGAUGAUGAUGUUGAAACUUCUGAGUCCCAGUUUGCUCAUCUCCACCGUGAUUUGGCAUCAAUUGAUGCUCUAAGAUCUGUUUCAAAUAAACAGGGCAUGGCUGCAGUUCAAAAUGUUGGGUCCUCUGCUUCUCAUACUUAUGCAUCUGCUUUAGGUGCCUCCUUGUCAAGAAAUGCCACACCUGAUCCUCAACUUGUAGCAAGGGCUCCUAGUCCCCGCAUUCCUUCUGUUGGAGGAGGUAGGGUCAGCUCUGUGGAUAAAAGACGUGUAACUGGUUCAAGCUCAUUCAAUGGUGUCACAUCAAGUUUAAGUGAGUCAGAGGAGUUGGCAGCUACGUUUUCUGGCUUGAAUCUGACAAAGGAUGGUAUUGUUGAUGAGGACAACCAUCCACGGGCACCAACCCAGCACGAAAUUGAUGAUCUCCAUAACCUCUUCAAUUUGCAAGGUCAAAACAGUGGACUUGCGGCUGGACAAGUUGAACUUAAUAAACCUUCCUUGUCGUCAGCUAACUCAUACUUCAAAGGAUCCUCGAGAUCUGCUUUUAAUGAUGCUGGAGUUCACCUUCUCACCUUCAGAAUGUGGACACAUGAAUUCGGCAUUUUCAAAUUAUGGCCUGGUGGGUUUGCCAUUAAUCCUUCGUCCCUCCAUGAUAGGAGCAAGCUUGAAAC